CAUAGGAAAAGGCUAAAACCAAUUUUUUUUGUGUUGGAGAGGUGGAAAAUUUGUGCAGAAAAUUUUCCAAACAAAAUUCUACACUUAUCAAUAAUGUUAAACUAAUAAAAAACAUUAAAAACCAUAAGCAAUAUUAUUAAAGUUUAAUAAUUUAACAAAAAAACCAUCAAAACCAUUCGAAAAAUACCCAGAAAAAGUCUGCACAUCAUUUUCCAACUCCCCGAACAGAGAGCCACUACCAACGAGUAAAUUUGUGUGGAAACACUGAAAACUGAAAAACAAGAGAAAGCCCCCCGCUGCAGCAAGAAAAUGUUCGUAAAUUCGAUGACGUUUCGCGGAAACCCAUCCAACCAUCACCAUCAUCUGCAACCGCAUCAAUUGCACCAUCACGUCAACAGCCAUCAUCACCACCAGCAGCACGCAAGUGGUCAUAACAAUAACAACCAUCAUAGCAAUAAUCAUCAUAACGCAAGUAGCCACCAGAAAUCCUCGGAUGCUGGCAAAAUCUAUAUCAAGAAUUUGGAGCGAUCCAUUGACAAUGAGGCGUUGUGCGACACGUUCUCGAUUUUCGGAAAGAUUCUGAAUUGCAACGUGGCCAAGGAUGAGGAGGGCAAUUCACGUGGCUAUGGGUUUGUCCAUUUCGAGACGGAGGGAGCGGCGAAAAUGGCCAUUGAGAGGGUGAACGGGAUGCUCUGUAAUAAUCAGAAGGUUCAUGUUGUGAAGUUCAUACCACGACGGGAUCGUGAACAGGAAAAAGCUACGCACUUUAAGAAUCUCUAUGUGAAGAAUCUCAAUGAUGACUUUAAUGAUAAUAAUUUGCGCGAAAUGUUCGAGCCUUACGGAAGAAUAACUAGCCACAAGGUUAUGCUCGAUGAAGAAGGACGCUCUAGAAGAUUCGGCUUCGUUGCCUUUGAAAAUUCGCAAUCAGCUCUGGCAGCAGUUAUUGCUCUCAAUGGAAAGCAACUUGCCGAGAAUAAAGUUCUUUACGUUGCUCGUGCUCUAAACAAGGCUGAGCGCCAGCAAGAGAUUCAACGAAAAUUCGAAGAAAGAAAACGUCAAAAACAAGCCCACGUUUUCUACUAUUAAAAGGAAAAGGGGAUUUCUACUUCCUUCUUCUGUAUCUUGUAGUAAAAACGUAAACGUAUUCAAACAAAAAAAAAAAAAUAAAUAAAAUAAAAAAAAAAAUAAAACACUUUUAACAAAAUAUUAAGCAUUUUAAACAUAAAAAACACAAUACACACAUUGCAGCAAAGUACUAGGAGUAUUUACAAAACAAAUUUUAUUUUAUUAAAUAUUUGAACAUAGAAAAAUGUAAUAAAAACUUAACUUAACAAAAACCAUUUGAUACUGCAACAAAUAAGAAAAAAAAGACAACAUUUGUUGAUCUGAGUUCAUCAUUAUUAUUGAUUAUUGUAAACAAUUAUUAUGAAAAAGCGAAAACAAAACAAAAAUUUAACUAAAAGAAAUCAAGUAUUAUUGUAAAAUUGCAACAAAACAAAAAAAAAAACAUAAAAACAAAUGAAAUUAUAAAGUAAUAAGUUCAUCAAAUUUAUUAUUCAAGCAAUGAACUUUUAAAACCAGAGAGAAUAUAAAAUUCAACUCAGAAUUAAAGUUUAAUUAAAUAAAAAAAAAUACACUAUAUAAAAAAAUAUAAAUCGUAAUUUAAGGCAAAAACAAAAAUAUGAACAAAUGAAAAACAAAAAAAAAUAUUAAAUUUACUUGUAGUUAAUGUUUAUAAUUUGAAAGAGAAAACAAAACAAAUCAACAAAAGAAAACAAAACAAAAAAUAUAAAUGCAAAGUGCAAGAAAAAGUAAUGUUAAAUCGAUUUGUCGAUUGAUUGAGAAGAGAUGGCAACAAAAAAAAAAUAUUAUACCCACAGUUAUGGUGAAACAAAAAAUAGGGAAAUAUCCAAUUUUAGAAUUAUAUUUUUAUUACAUAGCGUUUAUGUUAAGAUACCUUAUGAAUUUAUUUGUUUUAUUUUUUACCUUAUUAUACACAUGCAACAAAAAAAAAAACAAGAUUUAACAUUAACCAUGUUUUAUUUGGCAAACUGAUAAAUAUCUCGAAAAAAUAAAUAAGAACACUUUUUAAAUUAUAAUUUGUUAAUAUUUGAAUGAAGAAAAGAAGAGGAAAGGAAACCGAAUAAAAUAAUGCUUAUAUCCUUA